UCUCAAUUUAAUAUGAUAGCACCUAAAGAGAAUAGGGACCUCACUCACACCACUCACCUGCUGAGCCGAAGAAUGAUGGUAGUAUUAGGAGGCGGUCUUAAACUGCCUCUCCCGUCACCAUUACCAUGCAACCCUCGCCAAGCACCAACACAAAAACUAACUCCAUUGUUGCCCAAAUGCGUACUAACCAAACAAGCCCACCGCUUCCUCUCCACCCUGACAGCCACCACCGCCGCCUCAACCACAGACAAGUUAAUACGCAAAUUUGUGUCAAGUUCACCGAAAUCUGUAGCUCUCCACACCCUCUCCCAUUUACUCUCCCCCCGCACCUCCCACCCCCACCUCUCCUCUCUCGCCCUCCCCUUGUACACGAGGAUCUCCGAAGCCUCUUGGUUCAGUUGGAACCCAAAGCUGGUAGCGGACCUCGUGGCCUUGCUUGAUAAACAAGGACAUUACAACGAAUGGGAAAGGCUGAUUUCUGAAGCCGUUUCGAAGUUAGAGCUGCGAGAGCGAGAGCUCGCUCUUUUCUACUGCGACUUGGUGGAGUCUCAUUCCAAGCGAAGUUCAAAGCGAGGAUUUGAGGUUUCUUACACUCAUCUGAAUCAGCUUCUUCGUAACUCUGCCUCUGUUUACGUCAAACGUCGAUGUUACGAAUCAAUUGUCGGGGGGUUAUGCGAAAUGGGUCGGCCUCGCGAGGCCGAAAAUGUGUUUGAAGAAAUGCACGUGAGAGGGCUGAAAGCGUCGCGGUUUGAGUUCAGGUCUGUUUUGUAUGCGUACGGGAGAUUGGGAUCGUUUGAAGAUAUGCAGAGAAUCGUGCACCAAAUGGAGAACGAAGGUUUGGGUAUAGACACGGUCUGUUCGAACAUGGUUCUUUCGGCGUAUGGAGCUCAUGACAAGCUGGCAGAAAUGGCUUCGAGGCUUCGGAAAAUGAAAGCUUCGGGCAUUCCCUUCUCGGUCAGGACGUACAACUCGGUCUUGAAUUCAUGCCCAAGAAUCAUGGCAAUGCUAGAAGUCAUCAAUGGUCUACCGCUUUCCAUUGAGGAGCUUAGUGGGGUUUUGAAUGGUGACGAGGCUUUGGUGGUGGAAGAAUUGGUUGGAUCGUGUUCGGUUUUGGAGGAGGUAAUGGAGUGGGAUUCUUUGGAGGCCAAGUUGGAUUUGCAUGGAAUGCAUUUGGGUUCGGCCUACUUGAUAAUGUUGCAGUGGGUGGAGGAGUUGCGCCUCCGUUUGAUGGAUGGGAAGCAUGUGAUUCCGGAGCAGGUUACCGUGGUCUGUGGGUCGGGAAAGCAUAGCAGUGUCAGAGGUAAAUCGCCGGUGAAAGGUUUGGUUAGAAACAUGUUGGUUCGCAUGAAGAGUCCAAUGAGGAAUGAUAGGAAGAACAUUGGUUGUUUUGUUUGCAAGGGGAAAGUUGUGAGAGACUGGUUAUGUUGAUUGAUAGGAGAACGGUUCCUGUGAUAAUAACUACAGAUCACGGAGUGCCUCAUGAGUGAAAGAGUCGAAACUAUUCAGAUUUGAGAGCAAGGAAAUUGGCUGUGCAAUUGACCUUGGGAGGAGGAGCUCGUAAGUGCUCAUAAGAGGAUCAAAGAUGAACAUAUAAAUGACCUUGAAAUAGAGAAAUGGAAUUAAGCAUUGAUUGCUUCCAAGGGUAAUCUGCUGACCACAUCAUAAGUCUAGGAUGCGUAACUAGAAUGGAAGAUUGGGUUGGGAAUUACUAGCUUUAGGGCAAAGUGCUCUUAAACAUUUCACCCACAUUUGGCUGGGAUUUAUUUAUUUAUUUUAUUGCGGCCAUGUGGUGUCAAGCUACUCAACUUUCUUACCUGAGAAAAUUUGAGAAAUUCAUCUCUCAACCUUCUGUUUACUUUGACAAUAUAUCAUCUUGACAAGCAUGGCUGCAUAUUCUCACGAUCCUAAACAAUAUGAUUACCGUAAGCUAAGCCGGAAUAGUUGGAAUCAUAAGCUAAAACAUCUUAGCAAUGACAUUGUACCUCACUAUAUAGGCAAAAGAUCAUCCUUUACAGCUUGCCGUGAAUGCUAUCCUUUCUUCCUUUUUGUUUUUCGUGAAGCCUGGCUUUCAUUCUUCUGAAGGUAAUGAAGCUCUAUCCUCUCCAUGUAAAGUAAAUCUCAAGCACACAGAUACCCACCUGCAGCUUUAUGGAAAAUACUAUCAUUUGCAACUUCAACACGAAGAUAGCAAAUGUUUCCAGCUUCAACCAAAGAAAGUGGCAUCAAAG